AUGAGUAAAGUGAAGAUUUCAGAAGCAGUUCGGUUCAUGGUCGACUGCUUGAAGGCGGCUGGAGCAGCAGCGAAGGCGGCUGAACAGCAGGCCGACUUGCUUAUCCAAGCAGACAGACUUGGACACCCUAGUCAUGGACUUAAUCGGCUCGAAUUUUACGUCAACGACAUAUUGUCUGGAGCAUGUACUCCAAAUAAUCAACCAACAGUGCUGAAAGAAAGCCCAUCGACUGCCUGGGUGGAUGCUAACAACGUCCUAGGAGCUACAGCUAGCCACUUUGCCAUGGACAUCGCUAUUAAGAAGGCCAAGGAAACCGGUGUUGGUUGGGUUACUGUUAAAGGUUCAAACCACAAUGGCAUGGCGGGAUAUUGGGCUAAGAAGGCAGCCGAUAGAGGUUGUAUUGGAAUGGCUUUCACAAAUACAUCACCUUUGUUAGUACCUACUAGAGGUAAACAGUCUGCACUUGGUACGAAUCCGAUAUCAGUGGUUGCUAAUGCUUCUGAAAAUGAGACCUUCUACUUAGACAUGGCCACCACAGCAGUUGCCGUUGGUAAAAUUGAGAUGCAGCAACGGAAAGGAGAGCCAUUACCAAGAGGAUGGGCGCAAGGGCCUGACGGCAAAGAGACCACAGACGCUGAUCUAGCCUUCAAAACGCAAUGUUUAAUGCCGCUUGGAGGAGGAGAACAAACGUCUGGCUACAAAGGAUACGGACUGUCAGGUGUAGUGGAUCUGCUCUGCGGAAUUGCUUCAGGUGCCAACUACGGCCAUCACAUACGAUCAUGGUCGCACAGCGGCUCGGGUGGGCCUGCGAAUUUGGGUCAGUGUUUCAUUGCCGUCGAUAUAGACUGCUUCGCGCCUGGCUUUGGAGACCGACUGACUGAGAGCAUGCAGCAUUGGAGGAAAAUUGAGCCGUCGGAUCCCUCUCUGCCGGUGUUAGCUCCAGGGGAUAAAGAAAAGAAGAAAGCAAAAGAAACAGAUGAAUGUGGAACGGUUUCCUUCGUACAGCAACAGAUAAAAUCCUGCGCUUCUUUAGCCGAGAGACUUAAAGUUAAACCCAUGGAAGUACUACAGGACUAAACCUAGUCUAGUUUAUAAUUAUUAAUACAAAGAUUGAACACUAAGAUAACUUCCUUCGAUCGAGUGGGAUUCGAACCAGCUCCAGCCAGCUAGAAUAAGGCUCUACCUAAAAAUCUAUGAAACUUCAGUCUUGUUCAAUCAAUGUGUCAUGAACAUGAAAAAUAUUUAUGUAACCUCUGUUUUAUUUGCUCUUGAACGUAUAUAAAGUUGUAAAAACAUUUUUGGUCUGUCUUUAACCGUGCUAUGUAAAUUACAAACACGAAUCGCAUGUUUAGUAUUCAUAAAUACUAUCACGAGGGACCAGUUAAUACCAAUAUCAUCUAGUCCGUCAAAACACCAAUUGUGAAUUACCUUAUAGUCCAAAUAAGUAAGCACCUAACGUAAACUAACGUAACCUAACUUACUACAUUUUAAACCCAUCACGGGUCCUAAAGACCCAUGGUGUCCCUAACGGUUUUGGUACUAUAGCGUCUUGGAACCGCAGCUGUAUUUUAAUCCGCCAUCUUUAAAAAAUUAAUUAAAUUUUGUUUUACCAAAAUCGUUAGGAACACCGUGUGUCCAGAACGUGUGACGGGUUAAGUAGUUACAUAUAAAAAUGGCUGUCUUAUUAAUGUAUUUAAUUUUAUGAUAGUCAUAUUUAAAUUUACUUUUAAAAUAAAAAUCGUUUUUAGUUUAUUACAUUUGAAACAAUUGAAUCAAUACUUUAUUGCACUCUAACUAGCGAAAUGUUGAGCCGUUGCUACACUAGGGUGAACAGAUAAACUGCAGAUGUCAAAUUUGUUUAGGAAACACUCACCAUAAUGUUUGUAAACAUGAUCGCCAUUUAGACAUAGUUUUAUAUAUAUAAAAUAUAUUGUUUUAGUCAAUAACAUAUAUAAAAUAUGUGACAUUUUUUCAAAAUUGUACCUACACGUUUAAAUAGGUACAGGUUGAUUCAUAAUGAUUACAUCAUGUAACACAGGUUAACAAAAAAUGGAAGUAAAUUAAUUUGCUUCUCCGCGAACCCAGUAAGGUUAAAUCGUGCAAAACAGCUGCGCUUG